AUUGAGAAAUAUCUGUUGGAGUGGUUCAUUGUAAUUUUGAGCUUUUUUUCAUCAAUUUUCCAAUGCUUUAUCCACUCAGAAACAGACCAUAAUCUAAACUUUUUUUAUGUUAAAUUGUAUUUAAUAUCUUGAUUUGUGUUCCAUUAUGGAUACGCUCUCCUUCUCAUCGGGAAACGGUUUGAUUAAACUAGCCAAUGUUGCAGCCGCAGCUCAGUCAGGCUUUUUAUUGACAACAUCAUCCUCCUGUAAUGACAUUAAACUGACAACUGCAAUGGUUCAGAGAACCGUGUCUGAAGUUUCGAGUGACUCUAGUCAAUCAUUAUCCACCUUAGACUCAAGAUCUAGCUCUCAAAGCGAUAGUGGCUGCGAAAGUCAAGUGUUAUCUGUUCAAUCUACCUCAGGAGCCAAAGUGAAACCCGGAAGGAAAAGCAAGUCUGCUCCUGAAGAAGAUCCUCGACAAAAGAAAGUCAGAUCUCUUGAAAGAAAUCGAGCUGCUGCUAUGAGAUGCCGAGAAAAGAGGAAAUUGGCAAUCAAAGCAUUAGAAGCCAAUGCUGAUGAAAUGCAAAAGCUAAACGAUAGGUUACAAGGUGAAGUUGCCAUUUUGCGGAAGAAAGUGACUGAAUUAAAAACAGCUCUAUUGGCUCACAAAGAUUGUCCAGUUACUCUGCAAUUGAAAAAAAAAGAUGAACAAUGUUUCCCAAUUAUGCUUCACUCUUGAUAUAAUUCAUCUUUUGUAUAUUGUUACUUUAUUAUGAAAAUUAGAAACAAGCAGAAGCAGACGCUAAUAAAAUCAGCAUUUGAAACUAAUCUUGCUGUUGUCUUAUCCGAAGCUGUUUGUUUGAUACAACUGGAUUUAUUCAAAUCCAUCAGGGUUCCUCUUUUGUUUACGAUUCUCUAAAUCAUCAACGGUUUUCUGAUUCCCGUGAGUACAUUCCAAUCACUCGGAUGAGGCAGGUACAUCAAGCAAUGCCCAAUAAUUUAUCAUGAGAUCUAAGAAAAUCAAGGAAAGAAAGGCUGGUUCCAUUCUUUCUACAUCUGUAUACGAUCAAUCAAAAAUCACUUCAAUUACAACCCAAAUUUAGCCAAUAAAUCAUUUUGAGUUCA